AUGAGGAUAUGGGACGCCCUUGACCGAGUCGACUUAAAAUUGUUCGAGGGCAUAUUUCUCAUCACCCUGUGUCUACUGCUGUUUUCGAUAUCAUACUCGAUAUGUAUUUGUAUUACAAUGCUUCUAUUCAUGUACGUCUGCUUAGUCGUUAUACGUAAGCGGAAAUGCAUCUUAUUGGAGACAAAAGGGAAGGCAGUGCUAAUUACUGGAUGUGAUACAGGUUUCGGAUACCAUCUAGCCACACGUUUAGACGACCAUGGUUAUGACGUGUUUGCUGGAAUGUUGUCUACAUCUAGCGAAGGAGCAUCUAGUCUAAGAUCACGGAAGUCAAAACGCCUGCACGUUUUACAGCUCGACAUUACGUCACAAGAUGACGUAGAUAAAGCUGUAAAAUAUAUCGAGUCAAAAUGCGGCAAUAAAGGUCUAUGGGGAGUGGUGAACAACGCUGGAUUUAAUAUCUAUGGUGACGUGGAGUUGGUUACUAUCAACCAAUACAAGAAAUGUAUGGACGUCAAUCUGUAUGGUAUGAUCAGAGUUACCAAAGCCUGUCUUCCUCUCGUCAGGAAAUGUAAAGGGCGUGUGGUGAAUGUGUCGAGUGUCAAAGGUCGAUAUGCCUGGCCGAGCGAUUCUGUGUACCAUGUCAGUAAAUACGGCGUGGAAACAUUGUCAGAUUCCCUACGACUCGAGAUGCGCAAGUUUGGAGUAGGCGUAUCUGUGGUUGCACCGGGUGCGUUUGAUGCCGCGACCUCAUGCAGUGGUCCAGCAUCGCUGGCAAGGAUGAAGAAUGAACUUGAAGAAUCUUGGAGUGUCGCCUCUGACAACGUAAGGCUGGCUUAUGGACGGGGACAUAUUGAUGCUUUGUAUGAAAAUCUAGCCAGCAAGUCGCUGCCUGGAUCGGCCACAUCGCCCGAUCCUGUACUUGAUGCUAUCGAGGACGCCCUCGUCAAUACUCGACCUCAACCUAGAUAUGUAGUCGGCGGAAGUAGUGGCUUGGUAGACCACUUAGCAAUUUUAGCUCACGUCUACAGCUUUCUACCAGAAUGGUUUUCUGACUACCUGUUGGUACGCAUGACUGGAUGUGAUCAAAGUCACGCAGAAGAUAAAGUGAAGAGAAGUUGA